CUGCGUUGUUUUGGACUGGAUCUAGCGUUGGAACUCAAGUGCGAAAAAUCCUGGGCAGCUGCAGAUAAUUCUCUAGUGCUUAGAGACUUGAACACCAAAGAUGGAGCCAGGUGCCAAAGGGCAUAAGAUAGUGUCUAAUAUUACGGUUGAUGGAGGCUCUACUGUGUUUAGUCCCAACAUCCAAGGAUUGAACAGUGCUACCAUCAAAAUGUCAACAAAUUCCAGCUCGAAACCUCAUGGCGAGAAAGCCAGGAAUAAAAUGCCUUUGGCUCCAAUGAAGAAAAUUAACACUAAAGAGCUGGAAGGCAAAGUGACAGACAAGAAAUCCUUUGUGCAACAAAACUGGGCCAAUCUUGUUCAGAAGGUACAAAAUGUUGAUGAGCUUGCAGAUCAAAUGAUGGGAUUUGGCCUCACGAAUGAAAUGUAUUCUGAAAUCAUGAGCUGCAAAACAUCUCAAGAGAAGAUGAGGAAACUUCUACAAUACAUGACAGUGUCUGAUAAUGCUUGUAAGCAUCUCUUUACAAAAUUGUGUGAGUUGCAAUAUUGUGUUAUGGAAGAGCUCAUUCAAUGAAGCCAACACUCUCCCACCUAAUACUGCUAAUGCUGUCAAUCUUUCACAAUUUCAAGAUAUUCCAUUGAUGUUACAUUCAAUGAAGUAUAUUUGAAUUCUAGUCAUUUUAAUAUCGGAAAUGCUGCAGAAAAUUUAUGCAAAAAUCGCAAUGAGAUAAUGAUUAGAUAUUAGGGACCAGAUAAUUCCUGUGAUUAUGCAGGACAGCAAGGCAUUGAGAAGAAAAUUGUAGAAGCUCAGGAACUUGGAGAUCUCUAUCGACAUUAACAGUAGGAGUUUAAUUUUAAUUCAUUCACUGAUGUUAAAGAAGGAGUUCCAGGUUUUGAGUGACAAUGAAGGAAUGGCAAUACAGUUCCAAACACAGAUGAUGUGUGAUUUAGGUGGAUAACUAUAGGGAAGGAAAUUGUCCAAAACUGUUAUUCAGUUAUGUCAUUGUCUAUCUCCAAUUCAUCUCCUCUUACCCACCUUUGUUUCACACCCUGGCCUAACAAAAAUCUAUUAAGCACAGACUUGAAGGUUUGAAUUAACCCGAUGUCUGUACG